CAGAGAUAAUGGCGAGAUCAAUUCUCCUUCGCUUGCUUCGGUCCCAUUCUCCGCAUCUUUCUUCUAGAAACUUCAACACAGGGUAUCAUCGUUCAAUAACAGGGGCAUGGUCAGAAACCCGAAACAUAACACCCAAAGUUUUGUCUUUUCCUUUGCUUAACGCCACUCAGCAAAGGCGGGCAUCUCAAGCAACGUCAAGAGAAGAUGACAGCAAGAUCAGCAUCGGACCACGCAGAACCGAACCCACAAAGGAAGAUGGGGAGAAAGACUCGGGUGUCGUUUACCACGGUCCGAUCUCAUCCACCAUCAAGAAAGUGAAGAUGCUCUCCCUCUCGACGUGCUGUCUCUCGGUCUCGCUAGGACCUGUCGUGACCUUCAUGACGUCCCCCGAGAUGAACGUGAUCCUGAAAGGAGCGGUUGCAUCUACCGUCAUUUUCUUAAGCGCUUCCACCACGGCUGCUCUCCACUGGUUCGUCAGCCCUUACGUCCACAAGCUGAGGUGGCAGCCGGGCUCUGAUUCCUUUGAGGUUGAGAUGAUGACGUGGCUGGCGACUUACGCUCCCACGACCCUCAAGUUUGCCGAUAUCCGCCCUCCCAAUACCAACCGACCCUUCGUUACCUUCAAGGCUAACGGAAGAUACUACUAUGUGGACGCGGACCGUUGCCACAACAAGGCAUUGCUGGCCAGGCUGACGCCUUCUAAGGAUGCCCAUGAAUCUGCUUUCAAGAAUCUGUGAUCUUCUUUGAGCUUUUUUUGCUUCUGCCGUGGUUUUCUUUCAGACUUGAGCCGUCAAAGCGAGCGAUGAAAUAAAUUCGGAGGCCAUUUUAUAUAGUUUUUAUUUUAUUUUGGUUA